AUGAAACCUCGUGAUGCUCCUACACCUUCUGCGUCCGCCCUUCCUUCGACCAUCCCAUCUGAUAUCGCUGAAGGUCUUGGUAUUUUAAAAUCCUGGUUUGGCAAACAUCGUCAUUCUUCAUCUUCCUCAGCUUCAAGUGAAACUUCAACUUCAGACACUUCUACCUCUCCGUCUGCGGAACCGACUUCAUCUGGAGUUGGAAUUCCCGACGAGGAUGAUAGUUUUGAGGAAUACAUCUUGAAAUUGCACAAUGAUUUCCGAGCUGCCUAUGGUGCUGGACCUUUGACAUACAACAGUACACUUGCAGAAUACGCUCAACAUGUGUCGGAUUCAUGUGAUUUCACACAUACCAACGGUCCAUGGGGAGAGAAUCUUGCCGCGGUAUCUGGUUUCGAUGACAGUACCGGCGAAGGUUUCCAAGAAUGGGCGUCCGAAGCUGCUUACUACGAUUGGUCCAACCCCACCUUCUCCGAUUCAACCGGUCAUUUUACUCAAACCGUUUGGAAAGCAACAACGGAGGUCGGUUGCGCAAUGUCAAACUGUCCUGGAGAUACAAUCUUCCCUACAUUAAACCAAAACUCCUCGUUCUUGGUAUGCGAGUACUACACCGCGGGAAACAUCAUCCUUCUUGGUGAUCCUGGUGCAUACUUCCGUAUCAAUGUCGGCGAAUACCAAAACAACACUUCAUCGUCAUGA